CCGAAAUUAGUUUUUUGCCAAUUCAUCAUUUCCAUCUAAACUAAUGCAUGUUUACUCAAAAUUAGAGAAAAAAAGAACAAUCUACUUGUGUAAAUUUCGUACUCGUACUUUGGGUCCCUCGAAAUUGGGUCAUUUACUAUGUCUCUGUAUUUCUCGUGUCUCAAAGGAAAAGCAUGUUUUGAUCGACAGCCACUAUCUUGUACCUCGUUGCCCCAAGGAAUAUUUCAGUUAUGCUCGAUUCGAAACUAUUCACUGCGUUGAUUUUUCAUAGACGUUGACGAGACUGUCGUGCGCAGCCAGAAAAAAUAGUAUAUACGUGGUGGUGAACAUCGCCGAAAAGGAUGGUAUAUAUUAUUACAACUCCAACGUUGUGUUUGAUCGAACAGGAAAGAUAAUUGCUAGGUACCGGAAGACAAAUCUGUACGAUGAACCGUGGUUCGACAAGCCGAAGACACCGGAAGUCGUCACGUUCGACACCGACUUCGGUGUAAAAUUCGGUAUAAUCAUAUGCUUCGAUAUAUUAUUCUCCGAACCGGCUCUGAAUUUGACGAGAACGCUAGGCGUUUCGAACAUCGUGUAUUCAUUCGCCUGGGACACCGAGGUGCCUUUCUUAACACCUGUCCAAGUGCACGCCGGAUGGGCCCACUCGCAGAACGUCAAUCUACUAGCAGCCGCGUAUCACAAACCGGACUGGGGAAGCAGUGGCAGCGGCAUUUAUUGGGGUCGUGACGGAGUAAGAAACGCGACGAUGAUCACCAAUCUGAAGCAUCGGCUUCUGAUCUCUCGAGUCCCAAAGAACCGGAACCCGCAAACGUGCGACGCGGACACCAAAGACUGCACGACAACGGCUCAUAACUACAUGCCAGCUCCUCGAGACUGGCAAAAACCAGGGGACUAUAAUGGGAUAAAAAUGUUGCACAACGACUUCACAGUGUUUGAAUACGUUCAGCUAAAUGACACGCAAUUCGCCCAGACCAUUUGCCAGAACAACCUUUGUUGUGACUUCGAUAUUAGUGCAAAAGGCAUCGAUUCCACGCCCGUUAAUUACCGCGCUGUAGUUCUUGACGGAAUUCGACCCUACGGAUAUGGCAUGGAUGGCGGCACUCGUGUAUGCGGUCUGAUACAAUGUGCCAACGAGUCGAUAACUUCUUGCGGUUCCGUUAUGCAAACGAAUACUACUUUUACCCAUGUGACUAUUCGAGCGACAUUCGGUGAAGAUUAUUCAAGUACUGUAACAUACCCUAGCGUGCUGAAUCCUGCGUUAGUGCCCUUCGAUCACUGGACGUUUACCGAGGAGGAGGAUGAUAACCAAACACGCGUAACUAUGACUCUGACGGAGCCUACAUCGGAUCUCGUGACUUUCAGUAUAUACAGUAGAGUCUUCAGCAGAGACAAAUGGAACCUCCCUUGACCCUGGGCUCACAUGUCUUUCGACUGAUACUUCAUGUAUCGAAGUGGUAAAUAAACCUUGAAAAUAA